UUGAUCUUUUGUGGCGUCCUUAUACCGAAAGGCCAGCUGCCAGGCUUCUGGAUCUUCAUGUACCGGGUAUCACCACUCACGUAUAUCGUCGUAGGCCUCCUCACUGUCGGCAUAUCAAAUAGGGCAUUCGAGUGUUUGGAAAGCGAGCUCGUCAUUCUAAACAAUCCGAAGCUGAUGGCGUGCCAAGAAUAUCUGACAAUUUACCUUGAAUUAGUAGGAGGUAGAUUCUUGAAUCCAGAUGCGAGGACUGGCUGCAAGGUCUGCCCAGUGUAA